AUGGCCGGGGGCUUCGAGCUGGCCCCGGCGGACGGCGGCGCGCGCGUUGCCUUGGCGACGGGGGAGACGGUCAUCGGCCGCGGCCCGCUGCUGGGAAUAGCAGACAAAAAAGUGUCAAGACGACAUGCCAUACUGGAGGUGGUGGGUGAUCAGCUUCGAAUCAAACCGACCCACAGUAAUCCUUGUUUUCGUCAGGCUUCUGAAGAGAGCCAGCUAUUGCCGUUGGAAGCAAAUGAGUGGCAUUGGUUGAAUCAUGGAGAUCGUUUUUCCCUGUUAAUAGAUAAAUAUAUUUUCCGGGUUCUCUCUACACACUCGCAAACGGAAUGCACUUUAAGAAACAGUCCGAUCCUUGAUGAAGAUGACCUACUGAAUGAUGCGCCUGGAUCCCCCUUAAAUAACUUGCCUAUUAGCCUGUCAUCUGGUCCUUCUCGGGUGGAGUCAUCCUUGUCUUGCGGUAAAAGUUCUGCUAAGAAAGCACCUUCAGGGCUCCAGGGGACAGAAGAAACGGCCUCUAAUAGUUUGUCUCUUGUGGGAAUCAGCAAUGUUAAGCCAAACCCUGUCCAGAGGAAACGGAUCCUUCCGGCUUGGAUGCUGCAGGAAGAUCUAAACACCCCAAACCCCUCAACUACACCAACCAACACAGGUACUGGAGUAACUAAAGAGAAAGGAAAAGGAAGAAAUGUUCCAGUCUCUCAACUGCAGGGGAGAAAGCGAUUGCCUUUAUCAGAUUUAGAAGAUGCUCAAGAAAAUGAAAGCGAUCAGGGGAAGAAAUUAAGAGUGGUUGAACAGGAACUCGAAGGAAGUCUCAGUUCAACAGAGGAAGUAAUUAGACCAGUUGCAGGGACAGUAAAUAAAGCCAAGGUGAAUACUGCUGAGGCUGAAUCACCAAGAAGUGAAAGUCCUUUGGCAAGACUUGACUGGGAGCCCAACGGUGAUGAUGCCAAACACAGACGAGCUUCUAGAGGCAAGCCCUGCACAGAAGCAAGUAAGGUGGACAGAAGUGACCGUAAAGACCCAAGGGGACAUUCUGGAAAUCCUGAGUGUCAUGAAAACAAGUCAUCCCAGUCACAAGCUUCUCAGAUUGAGACCCAAGACCUCGAUCCUGAGUUAUUAAGUCCAGACCCUGUUGCUUCUAGUUCAGCUCCAAACACAACUGUUACUCAAAGUGCUCAGGAAAAGAAGCAUUGCAGAAUACCUUGCAUGUAUGGGAAGACUUGCUACAGAAAAAAUCCUGUCCAUUUCCGUCAGUUCAGCCAUCCUGGAGAUAGCGAUUAUGAAGAUGCAGACGAGGCAAGUCAAGAUGGUGGUGAUGAUAGACCAGAAUGUCCUUAUGGAGCUUCCUGUUAUAGAAAAAAUCCCCAGCACAAGUUAGAAUACAAGCAUCCUGAAUCCCCAGAGACUAAAGUCAAGAGAUCUCGAAGGGCAGCUACUAAGGCAGGCAAAAGUGUACUUGAUGAUGACAGUGACAACGGCAGUGAACCCAAUGAGUACGACCUAAAUGACAGCUUUCUAGAUGAUGAUGAGGAAGAAGAUGAGUAUGAACCUACAGAUGAAGAUUCUGAUUGGGAACCAGAAACACCAGUCAAAGAGAGCGAAGAUGUUGAAGGGCUCUUGAAGGAAGCAAAGAAGUUUAUGAAAAGAAAAAAAUAACUUUGCCUGAAAAUAUUCAGUAUGAAGUACAGGCUUUCUUGUAGAAACGCAUCCAGGGAUUACAGUGGCAUAAUUCUUUCUUUCCAACUUCUUGAUAGGCUUGAUCUUUAACCGCGCAUUUCCGUAGCUGAUAUCUUUAUGGGUGGCCUUCAAAGUGGGGGAACUGUCACUUAGUUAUUGUUUACAUAGUUUAAUAUUACACAUAAUGUAGUUGCACUGGGAUAUUUUUCUAUCCUUUCUACUGAGGAGCUGAAGAGAAGCAAGUGACUCUUCUUCCCCAUUCUUUCUCUGUGUUUAUAAAAAGUGCAAGUUAGGGAACAAAAUCAACAAAACACUUGAUUUUAUGCAGAUUUCUGCUUAAUGAAAAAUAGACUUUGUAUUUAAAAAGAAUAAAUAUAUUGUGCAAUUUG